GCUCGGCGCUCGGUGCUGCCACCUGGAGGCCGAGAGGUGUAACUGCAACAACAACACAGAGAUUUAGAGACCGUCGUUGAAGUUUAGCUUCCGCCCAUCAGUGGCAGCACUAAAAAAGAAACUAGUGUUGUAGGCGAGGAAGGAAAGUACGCCCCCCAUGCCCUACAUUACACCGGAAUAAAUGUCUUCUCCAACUGAAGCAGAGGACGAGGAGGUGGAGGAGGUGGAGUUUGUAUCAGAGGGCUCCGUCAGACCAGUACUGGAAUGUAUUGAUCUGCUGAGUGAUAAUGAGGAUGAGGGAUGCUCGUCAUCGGCGGGCACAAUUGAGGAUAAAAUCACCCGCCAUAAAGCGCAUGUUACAUCGACACUGGACAGACUAGCACACCAGGUGGCCCAGGAGAAAAAGGAAAGAUUAGAUAAAUGUAGAGCGUUCAAGGAGAAGCAAAACUUACAAAGAGCUCACGGACAGCAGGGGCUGGCUUUUACUUCUCCAAAUGGCAUUAAUCGGGAAGCAAAGCACUGUGUGGACAUGUGGUUAAAGAUGCCAGGUGUUAAACCCGGAGUGAUAAAUUCUGGUUUCGUAAGAAGACGCGCACAUGUUGCUUUCCCAGGAAAUAGUUCAACUAGACACACUUGUCCGGUGAUCAACUGCGGUCGAGCUUAUGACAAUGCGUCUCUCCUUGAAGGCCAUUUAAAAAGGUUUGAUCACUCCCCUUGUGACCCAACCAUCAAUCUUAAGGGAUGUCCAUCUGAGCUCUUUGCCUGCGUUGCCUGUGGUCGACAUUUUGAGACCGAAGAAGCGUGGAGGAAACAUGUCGAGUCUAAGGUGUCGUCAUCUACCGCUGAUGGUCACAGCAUCACUCAGACCUAUCAGCGGAUCGUGUGUUUCGCCUGUCCUGCCUGCUACUUCCUCUUCAACCUCCAAGACGAGUGUCUUCAGCACAUGUCAGCCAAAAACCACUUCACAGAGUCAUUCGCCAUGAGUGAAACCAAGGGGAGUCCGCUGCCGGUUCCCAUCUCACAAUAUGUCAAGAACCGUCUCAUCACUCUGUGCAAAGAUGCAACAUUCAACGUCCGAUGCUCUUUAUGUCAGAAAGUACUGAUCUCGCAUCAGACAGCUAAAGCUCACUUCGAUGUGCACUGCAGACAGGGCUGUGCGGUGGCCAAGGCUGAUAAAACAGUAGUGCAGGUAAUGAAGCAGCUGCAAGUGCGAGGGCAGUGCUCCCUCUGCUGCAAAAUGUUCCACAGCCAGGCAGAAAUCGAGAGGCACAAAGAAUCGACCCAGCACGACGUCGAGGUCAACAAAACCAUGGAGAAAGCCCUCCUUCAGUACUGCAGGUUUAGUGAAAUUCAACACACCAAGGGGGCUCGAGAGAGGAAAAGGCCACGCUGUGAAGAAUCUUCAGCCAAACGUAAAAGGCUGAGUGUGAACGGCAGCACUAGCAGAAACAUGGUCACAGCGUGGUUCUGCGAGUGCGGUAUACAGUUCUCACUCGAGGAUACAGCCACGGAGCAUCUCUUGGCCGUAAACCAGAUUUUCCACCAGUGUGGCCAGUGUGGCAAACACAUGGGGGAGUCCUCGAUCACUCGCCUGCAUAUGAGUCGCGUUCACGGGGGAGCUCACCUCUCCAACUUCCUCUACCACUGCCGUAAGUGCAAAGUGGAAAAGCCUCGGUAUGAAGACAUCCUGUCGCACGUGGCAGAAGCUCACAGCGGACACACCUACUUCACCGAACGGGAAGUGCCCGAGGAGCUCGCCAAAGUCAUCGACGCCAAGCCGUCCACCAGCAGCGACGUCCCUUCGUCCUCCAAGUCCACAGUAGAGACAUCUUUAAAAGCAAAUCAGACUUGGAUGUGCAGGAUGUGCGAGGACGUCUUUGACUCAGAACGGGCGGUCCGCAGGCACUGCAGCGACGCGAGCAGUCACAGCUUUCAGAGAUUCAUCUGUGGACACUGCCCCCAGAAGUUCUUUAAAGAAUCCACCGUACGCAGACACUGCGUGAAUGAGCACGGUGGGCAGAUACAGAGCUCCCACUUCUGCGGCCUCUGCGACAGCAUGCUGUUCGAAUCCGAGGGCGAGUUCUUGCAGCACUACAAGAGCCUUCACAGUAAGGACUACUACUGUAUGGACGAUGUCGAAGUCGUCCAGCCCGCCGUUGCUGAAAGCACCGGUCGGCUCACGUGCCCAUGCAUGGGUUCAGAAAAGAGCAAAGAGGAGGCGAAAGCUACAUACACACAAUGCAUGAGGGAUCUGUCCGCUGAAGGAAAAUGCGUGUACGUGUGCGGUCCUUGUGCCGUAUCUGUUCCUUCCUUUGCGCAGAUGAAGACUCACGUCCACACAAAGCACGCGGCCUUGCACCUGGACAAGACCUUUGACGUAGAAUGCAAAGUUUGCCAGGAGAGUUUCACGGGCGUACCGAGUUUCCAUACACACUAUCACUCCCGACACUGUGCACUGAAACCUUGCACGAGCUCCAGGACCUGCAGUAAAGACGCAAAAGCAGAACCCACUACUGUAAAAGUACUCAAUACUGUGGAAAUCACACCAGACACCGAUGAGAUUGAUGAUGAAACACUGAAGUUGUUGAACAUGGAUCAGACCGACAAAGAGAGUGAAGCACAUGAAAAUGAAUCGGAUGACGAGAUGAAGCAUGAACCGUCUUUGGGUGCAGAAGAAGACAGAGAGUUGGAAGAAGCUCUUAAAAGAAGUCUUCUGGAGUUUUAAGGACGUGAGCUGAUACAUAUUUUGGGACACAAUGUUCAUCGGACAUUAUAUUGAGAUGUUUUGUACCAGGUAUUUGUGUUCAAAAUAUAAUAAAUAAAUAGUAGUUGCUAUU